AUGUCCCUGGAUACACUGCCCAAUGAACUUCUUCUACAGCUGGAAUCAUAUAUUGACUCGCAAGCUGAUCUCGCUGUAUUUCUUCAAAUAAGUUCCCGAGUCUACAGCCUGCUUGUCGCGAAUCUAUAUCAGCGUAAUGCAUCCGCCGCCUUACUAUACGGGGUUCAAAAGAGCCUUUAUUCUACAGCCCUUAAGGCGCUUCAAGCUGGGGCUGACCGCAAUGUCAAGUCCCGUGAUAAAGAGCGGCCGGUAAUAAGCCUCGCAGCUGAGAAUGGAUCGUUAGAGAUAAUCCGGCUUCUGCUGGAAGUAUCAUUACUAUCACCGUCGCCGGUCGACCUCAAUAUAUUUGACAAGAACCGAUAUACAGCCCUGUUCCUCGCAGCAACCCACGGACACGCCUCGAUAGUCGAGCUUCUCCUGGCUCAUGGUGCUAACCCAAACCUUCGAGAGAGCACGGGCCGCACUGCGCUGUUCAUGGCGGCCAUCCGUGGCCACACGGCCGUCGUCCGGACCCUCCUCGCAUACCACGACGACCCUCGGCAGCCGGACUUGGAGAUUGACGUGGUAAUUAAUCAGGGUGAGACCGCUCUUCUCGCCGCCGCACGGCAGGGCCACACUGAGAUCGUGUUCAUGCUCUUCAAGCGCGGCGCCUCCCUGGGUACCAAUAGUCGCACCACCGUCCAGCCCGUGCUCCAUAGUGCGGUGCUUCACCGGCAGCCCGAGCUCCUCCGCCUGGUGGUUAACCGAGACGAGAUUGAUCCAAACCGGAUUCACCGAAACCGGACUGCCCUCGGUUUAGCGGUAGCAAAUAACGACGAAGACCUAGCAGCUAUUCUGUUGACGGAUCCGCGCGUCAACCCCGAUCUUACCUUGCACCCCGGCGGGCAGACCCCCCUGAUGCAGGCGAUCCUGAAAAACAACGAGAGAUUGAUCCAGCUCUUGCGCGAUGCGGGCGCCAAUCCGCGGAUCAUGACCCGCUUGUGGGUGUCGCCGGCGAUGUUCCUGGAGGCUCCCACCCGGGAGGCACGGCAGGAAUUGAUCGACAAGCAUUAUGGCUUCGGGGUGCGCCUAGCACAGGAUUGGACGCUAGGAUAAGCAGCUCCCCCCACCGCAGAUGCAGGG